CAGUGCGCAGUCGCCUCACCUCAGAGCUCCAGUCUCCAGCGCUGCGAUUACGCACAGGUUCAUCUCAUCUCCAAACACCUGUUUUAAAGAGAAACAUCUUUGGAUUUUCGCUCGCUUUGUGACAUGGUAUAAGGCAGAUAUGUUGUUUUUCCGUUGAGGGAUAUGGUCACUGUUGAGCUGCCAAAGUGGAGCCGCGCGUAUCACGGAUCGGGGCGCUCCUGCAGGGUCUAGGAUGCGCGCCCGGAACAUCUCGAUUCUUACCCGGGUUCGGGGGUGACCAAGAGUCUGGGCCAGCAGGGCGUAGAGGCGGACGGAGGACGCAGUCGACCCGUACCAGAAUGCCCGUGAUGAGAGGUCUGCUGGCCCCGCAGAACACCUUCCUCGACACCAUCGCCACCCGUUUCGAUGGCACCCACAGUAACUUUGUGCUGGGGAAUGCACAGGUCCAGUCCCUCUACCCUAUCGUUUACUGUUCCGAUGGCUUCUGUGAGCUCACCGGCUAUGCCCGGGCGGAACUGAUGCAGAAGAGCUGCGCGUGUCACUUCCUGUAUGGACCUGAGACCAGUGAUAAGCUGAUGGCACAGAUCCAGGCGGCGCUGGACGAACGGCGGGAGUUUAAGACAGAACUGGUCUUUUACAAAAAAGGAGGUACUGAGUUCUGGUGUCUUCUGGAUAUCGUGCCCAUUAAGAAUGAGAAGGGGGAGGUGGUGCUCUUUCUAGUAUCACAUAAGGACAUAACUGACAACAAGAAAGUUCAAGAUGAAGAACAGAGCCCAGAAAGAGACGAAGAGACAGGGUUGAAGGUGCACAAGGUCACACGGCCUCCAGGCUUCAAUGCUAACCGGCGACGCAGUAGAGCUGUGCUGUACCAGCUGUCUGGACAUCUGCAGAAACAAGACAAAAGCAAACUCAAGAUCAACAAUAACAUGUUUGGCGAAAAGCCGCCAAUCCCAGAGUACAAAGUGGCAGCCAUACAGAAGAGCCGCUUCAUUCUUCUUCAUUACGGCACCUUCAAAGCAGGCUGGGAUUGGCUGAUUCUCUUAGCCACCUUUUAUGUAGCAGUUACCGUUCCCUACAACGUCUGUUUUACCGUCGUUGGAGGGCGGGACGAGUCGUCGACGCCUAGAAGUCCACCGAGCGUGAGCGACAUCCUGGUGGAAAUCCUUUUCAUGUUAGAUAUCCUGCUAAACUUUCGCACCACAUUCGUGAGCACGUCAGGCCAGGUGGUGUAUGAUGCGCGCUCUAUCUGCGUGCAUUACGUCACCACCUGGCUAUUUGUGGACCUGAUCGCAGCGCUACCUUUCGACCUGCUGUAUGCCUUUAAUGUCAGUGUGUACUUUGGGGUUCAUCUGCUGAAGACGGUUCGAUUGUUGCGUCUUCUGCGCUUGCUGCAAAAGCUGGAGCGUUACUCGCAGUACAGCGCAGUGGUGCUCACGCUCCUUAUGUCCAUGUUCGCCCUGCUUGCUCAUUGGAUGGCCUGUGUCUGGUACAUCAUUGGACGCAGCGAGAUUGAAAACAGCCCUGGUUCCUGGGACAUUGGUUGGCUACACGAGCUGGGUAAACGUCUAGGCACCCCUUACUUCCUUUCUCCCCUUGCAUCCCUCAUUCCUGAUUCGCUGCGACCCACCAUAUUAGAUGGAUUGGUGGUCAAUUCAAGCCAAUGGAACAGCUCCGACGUGGUGGGACAUGAAUCUGUGUGGAACUCGAGUAAAUUGAACACAACAGGGGUGACGUCUGUGAGCACUGACAGCACAGGACAAACUGGAGGGGUGCUGGGAGGCGGGCCCUCAAUUCGAAGUUCAUACGUGACGUCGCUUUACUUUGCUUUGAGCAGUCUGACCAGUGUGGGUUUUGGCAAUGUCUCAGCCAAUACUGACUCUGAAAAGAUCUUCUCUAUCUGCACCAUGCUGAUCGGAGCACUCAUGCACGCCGCUGUGUUUGGUAACGUGACGGCCAUCAUUCAGCGCAUGUACUCACGCCGCUCGCUCUAUCACACCCGCACCAAAGACCUGAAGGACUUCAUCCGCGUGCACCGUCUGCCCAAGGCCCUAGCGCAGCGCAUGCUCGAGUGUUUUCAGACAACAUGGUCUGUCAAUAAUGGCAUCGAUGUCAGUGAGCUGCUGAAGGACUUCCCAGAUGAACUGCGGGCUGACAUUGCCAUGCACUUGAAUAAAGAACUCCUGCAGCUGCCUCUAUUUGAGUCGGCCAGUCGUGGGUGUCUGCGCUCCCUCUCACUUAUAAUCAAAACCUCCUUCUGUGCUCCCGGAGAGUUCCUAAUUCGCCAGGGCGAUGCUCUACAGGCCAUCUAUUUCGUCUGCUCAGGCUCCAUGGAAGUGCUGAAGGACAACACUGUGCUGGCUAUACUGGGAAAGGGCGACCUGAUUGGAUCAGACUCGCUGACAAAGGAGCAGGUGAUAAAGACCAACGCAAACGUAAAGGCACUGACAUACUGUGACCUGCAGUACAUCAGCCUGAAGGGGCUCCGUGAGGUGCUGCGUCUCUAUCCUGAAUAUGCCCAGAAAUUUGUCAGCGAAAUUCAGCACGACCUCACCUACAACCUGCGGGAAGGCAGUGGCGCUGACCUGGACUGGGAAAGCAACGGCGGCCUUGUCAAGAAACUACCUGCCAUCCGCGAGGAUGAGGAGAAUGAUGAAGAACAGCACUCGAUUUCAAGACCCCCACGUUCUCCCAUACGCCUGACCCGAGGGCUCAACUCCCCUCUGCGAUCACCUCUCCUCCAGCCACGCCCCUUCCGGCCUCCGUCGGACCACACGAGACCUGCCACCCUCCAAAUCCCUUCGGUCAGUUUCAGCAGCGCCCCUCCAGAACUUAGCCCGAGGUUUGUGGAUGGAAUUGAAACAGAAAUUAAUUUAAACUCAACACAGCGGUUUGAGUUUGGUCCCAGCCUACCUCAGAGUGGCCCCCCGUCCCCUUCUCCAGUUAACCAGGAGCAGCUGGAAAACAAACAGAGCAUCACCAAACUGAGUGAGGAGAUGACUAGUCUCUCCCAUCAAGUGUCUCAACUGAGCAAAGAGCUACAGGAAAUGACACGUCUCCUCCGUCCCUUGCUCUUCAUUGGAUCUCAACCCCUCCUGACAGCCCUCAACGCAACGAUGCCAAUGUCUCCCAGCAGCAACAGCGGUCCAACAAUACCCCCGCCGCCGGUUCCCUCACCCACAGCUUCACCGUCCUCCCCACUCAGGCCUAGCCGCUCCCUAUUGGACAGUGUGGACACUGGGAGCAUAGUCUUACCCAGCUGUCUCACACCCACCAGUCCUCCACAGAGACCCAAGACACAAGCUCAGGUGUCUCCAAAAGGCUGUUCAAGGGGGCCUUCCUUACCAACCCUCCUCUGUCCAGUCACAGACCAAACAGAAGGAUCUGGGCCUUCUAGCCAAGCGUACGCCCAAGACCAGCCGUCGCAAGCCCCUCUCACCUUUUCUUUCUCACUUCCUUCUUUUCGCUCUCAGUCUCCUUCCUGUUCUCCAUGCCAGGGGCCACACCUCUCCUGUCCUGCAAAUCACUGCAGAGGUUUGCUACCUCCACCCGUCUCACAGGACAACCCACCUCAGUUUUCUCAUUGCUCGGCCCCUCCAUCGAUCAGUAACUCCCCUGGCGACCACAGGCUGGGCAUGAGCCCCUUUCCCUCCUCCUCCGCUCCUUCCAUUCAGUCGCGGUCGUGCACUCCUCCGUCAUGCCCGCACAUGUCGCCGCCUUGCAACUCCCUUCCCGAAAGCCAGGUCUCUUUCGGUACGUCGUGGGCCCAGCUGAACCCCGGGCCGACACCUCCUCAGUUAGAGAUCGAGAUGCAGGAGUGGGCACCAGGAGGGACGCCGUCCACAGAGCAUAUCAGCUUCAUAGAUGAAGAGGGACCACCACUGUGAAAGACAGAUUGUGACUAGUUGACUGUAAUAGUUAAUGAGGACAUUUGAGAGGAGAGCCGGGCCGACUGCAAUUCCCCCAACACCUCUACGUCCUGAGAUAACACAAAACUGACUCGUGUUGACACUCUUGUAAUUUGCGAGAUAGUGGCUCUGUUGCAAAUCGUAGUAAGCUGCAUACGUAGACGACGCAUGAAUGCAGCAUGGUUAAGGCAAUCCCACUUCUGAGGGUCCAUAUCGGUUACGAAAGCAAAGCGGGUCACUUGAAUUUACAACAGGGCCACGGUCUCGGUUACUUUGGAGCUCCUUUGUACCUGAUACCAGCCAGUCUUUUCCCUUUGAGCACAACUUCACGAUUGUUUCUCUUUUAAAUUUACAUCCGUUACAGGGCAUUCACAGGCACAGCAGCCGAACUGCGGAAAACCUGUGAGGAUUUUAUAUAACAAAAUUUUAAGUUGACUGAGUAUCGCGCAUACACCAGAAUAAAGGAAUUGUCAGGUGGAGUUUGUUAUUUUUUGCAACGAUUCUGUAUUACCAAAAUGAUGUUUUUACUCUAUGAAUUAUUUACCUUGGAAAAUGAAUUCAUAUUUAAAUUUCCAUACUCUGGAAACGAAUGAAGCUGUCACAGCACAUUAUCUAUGACGCCCAACACUUUAUUUCUGUCCUCCGGUGGCUAAAACGGCAUAUUUAGUCAGAAUGAGGAUGCAGCACCUUGGGAAAUGAUCCAAUUUAGUCAAUUUAGAGAUUGCUUCAGUUUAUUCAGUCAAAACUAGCAGGAUUUAGAGCAGUGGGUCUCAAGUUUACAGUAUUGUGCAGUUUGUAUGUUGGAUCAGGUGUGUUAGAGACGGACAAAAUGUGGGUCGCCAUGACUGGAGUUGAGAGAAACUGAUUUAGAAUGAGCUGAAAGUUAGGUUAUGGAUGAGCUGAAGGUCAUGUUUCUUUUUGAGACACAAAGCUAGGGAUCAAAAUGUACAUGAGCCACACUGAAAAAAAGCGUCAAAUAAGGAAAUUAAUUACAUUAAAAAACUGUAUUUUGCAUUGUUACC